UUUUAUUUUAAAGUUUAUUCUCACUUUCAGUUUUCCCCAUACUUGUGCCUUUACACAAAACAUUCAAAAACAAAGAAAUUAAAAAUGCCCUUUACAACAACAACACCAAAAACAACAAUUAAUCAAAAUAGUGCAAAUGAAUUAUUAUUAGUAGCAGGCGGAAUAAGUGGAGGACAACAACAACAAAAUUUAAAUUCAAGCCGCAGACAAAGUGCAAAUUCAAGAAAUCGAACAGCAACAGGCGGUGGAACACCAUUCUUUAGUUCAUUAUUAAUGGCACAAGGAAGUAGUGGACGAGCAACACUGUUUGGAGGACCGUUUAGAGUUGCAAAAUUUGCUUCUUCAUCUUCUGCUGAAAGAACUGAUGAUGGUGGUGGAAAUUCUGCAAUGAGAGGAGGGCUAAUAACAAAAUUGGAUAAAUACACGACUGAGGAAUUGAAAGAGUAUAGACAGAUAUUCAACAUGUUCGACGCAGACAGAAGCGGUGCUAUUGGUAUUGAAGAAUUGGAGAGUGCAAUUACAAAUUUAGGAAUGGAUUCAAAACAAAUUGAUGUAGAAAUGUUAAUGAGAGAAGCUGAUAAGCGUGGAAAUCAUCAAAUAGAUUUUGAUGAAUUUUGCGAAGUUAUGAAAACAACAAGUGAAAAAACACAAUCAUGGAAUGAAGUAAUAAAAGAAUGUUUCAAUGUUUUUGAUAGAAACGAGUCUGGACUAAUUUCUAAAAAAGACUUCGAUUUUGUACUGCGCGAACUUGGUGAUAUUCAAAAUAGCAGACUAAUAGAUGAAUUAUUUAUAGAAUAUGAUGUUGAUGGAGAUGGUUUUAUUGAUUUUGAUGAGUUUUCCUUUUUGGUGCGAAAUUAUCUUACUGAUGAAGAUGUUUAA